CCUGUCUGUAUCCAAGCUGACUGGGACUCAGGAAGGGAUCUGUAAAAGCAGCUGCAAGCCUGCUGCUUGUUCACAACUUUCCCUUCCUUUGGAAGCAAGUUGUGUUUUAGCGCUUUGGCGCCCAGGCGAUCUUUGGCGAUCAGCGAUCAGCGAUCAGCAUUCAGCGUUCAGGGGGCGUUCAGCGACCAGCGUUCAGCGACCAGCGACCAGCGACCAGCGAUCUGUUGUAGAGGCUAGGAGAGUUUAGGAGAUAGCGCGCUACCUGUUGCAGAGCAUUUCCCUACUCUGUAGCAUGGCGGCGUUUGUGGCAGGCCUGCUUGGCAUGAGCCAGCAGGAGCUUCGCUUUCGCGUGGAGCGAGCGAACCAGUUGACCGCCGCUCCUUUCCUUAGCCUCUACCACUCCGUCUCUCCCCUCCUAGGACUGAGUGUCUCCUCUGAUGAUUCUCUGCUGGUUGCUGCUGUUGAUGAGGCACUCCCUCUCCCUACUUCUUCUCAGCCUGCUCAGCUCCUCGAGGAUGCGGAUGGUGAACAAAACCACGCGGUGUCUGACGCCUCCGCCCUCGAGCCCCUCAGCCUGAAUUCCGACGCUAAAUCUCAGGAGGGAGAGCUGCAGCUCACUUUGUGCGAGCAGGGAUUGUGCGGCAGGGGGGAGGCCCUGCCUCAAAGGGGAGAGCAGGAGGGGGGGACUUUGACUUUUUGUUUGGAGGAGGGCUUGGCUGGUCAGGGGGAGGCCCUGCCUCAGAUUGAGGAGGAGGGGAGUCAGUUGGUGGGGCAUGAGGUUGCAGAGUUGUCACUGGCGAUGGGGGCCGCUAGCGUUGCUCAGCUGGAUGGGGGUUGCUUGGCAAAAAUCAUGUCCCGUGUGGACAACAGCACUCUUCAGGCGUGCUCCUUGGUCUGCCGUGAGUGGCUCGAGGUGUCCAGCUUUGCGCGCACGCUCAUGAGUCUGCAAGAAGGCCCCCAGAUCACUGCCCUCCCGUCACUGGUCACGCGUUUUGCAAGACUUCAGAAUCUGCACAUACAAGGCCCCAAGAUUCCCCCUCCAAGGAUGCUGCAGCAAGAUUCCCCCGCGCCAGGACUACUACUCACAGAGCAGGCCAACAUUGUUCCUUUGGACGAUUCUGCAAUGAACAUCAUUGCGCAAGGCUGUCGCAACCUGCGCAAGUUGCAACUGGAGGGGUGUUCUGGCUUUUCAGACGUUGGCCUCAACGCUGUUCUGAGGGGUUGUUCUGAGUUGGUUGCUUUGAGGCUGGGCGACUGCGGGGGGUUCACUGGCGAGGCGUUCGGCGGCCUGAAGUGCAGAGUAGAGGUGCUGGACCUGGACCUUUGUGUUGGGUUAACAAACGAGGGCUUGCUGGCUGCCGGAAAAGCGUGUCCCAACUUGAGAGAUCUCAGCGUACAAGCCGAUCUGGGUAACGCGUCUCUGGGACAGGGUUUGGAAGGGGCUGCCAGGGCAUGCCCAGGCUUGCGAGCGCUCUUGCUCCAUGGUUGUGGUGUCGGUGAUGAGACGCUGCAAUCCGUAGCUGCCAGCUGCCCUUUGUUGAGCACUUUCAGUGUCUCCUGUGAGCAUGCGGUUACGGACAGUGGACUGGCAGCCUUCUUUGCGGCGCUGCCGGCGCUGGAAACAGUAGCGCUGCACACCAUGCGAGGGCUUUCCCGUGUACCAAAGUUCGGGCCCAGCACGCGCUUGAAAAAAUUGCGCAUUGCGUAUUGGUGGAAUGCCACCGACCUAGUUCUCAGGGAUGUUUCUGCGGAAACAAACCUUGAAGUGUUGCUGCUCGUUUGCUGCCCUCACUUGACUGAUGCGACGGUGGACAAGAUCAUUGCUGGUUGCAAGAGUCUAAAGCGCUUGGUGCUCUGUGAUAAUGAUUCAAUCACUGCUGAAUCGCUAAGGGCUUACCGCAGAAGCGGCAGAAAGACCAGGCUAGAGGUCAGGGGGUGUACAGGGGUAACGAAAGAGAGCCUUCCAGAGGACUUGAAGUGUGAGGAGGUACUACAAUGCUUGAGAUCCUGACAUUUCUUACAGAAGAGCAGCUCUCGAAGAUUGCCC